UGUCGCUUCCCCGCCCCUCGGAGGCAGGACGGCCGGGAGGGGCGGGGGCGAGUUGCCGCGGAGGUGGCUUUGCCUCGGUCCCCACCCGUCCGAGCCGGAGUGGCGAGGGGAAUUCGGAGGAAUCCAUUUUAGCGGGCCAGCCCCGGCCCCGGCCGGCCCGGCGCCCUGAGGCCACGGCGGAGGGCGGAGGAGAAGCGGCAGCGCCCGGGGCGAGGGGAACCCGCGGCGGGAGGGCAGGGCCGGGAGAGGCGUGAAUCAUCCCACAAACACACGCUGAGAGGUUGUGGCAGCAGAGAGCAGGGUUUGGGUCGCUUUUUGGCUGUUUUUUUUUUUUCUUUCUUUCUUUUUUUUUCUUUUCUUUUUUUUUUUUUUUUUUUCCUCUCUCUCCUCCGAAAACAUGGCUGAAGCUGGGACGGGUUUUUUAGAGCAGCUGAAGUCUUGCAUCGUCUGGUCCUGGACUUACCUCUGGACGCUGUGGUUCUUCAUCAUGCUCUUCCUGGUCUACAUCUUAAGGGUGCCCCUGAAGAUCAAUGACAAUUUAACCACAGUGAGUAUGUUUUUGAACACAUUAACCCCCAAGUUCUAUGUUGCCCUGACAGGAACUUCCUCAUUAAUCUCGGGACUUAUUUUGAUCUUCGAGUGGUGGUACUUCCGGAAGUACGGCACCUCCUUCAUCGAGCAGGUCUCGGUGAGCCACCUGCGCCCCCUGCUGGGCGGGGUGGACAACAGCGCGCCCAGCGCCGCCAGCGCCGCCAGCGGGGACGCGGACUCCAGCCGGCAGAGCGUCUCAGAAUGCAAAGUCUGGCGAAAUCCUUUAAAUCUGUUCAGAGGAGCAGAAUAUAAUCGGUAUACAUGGGUAACAGGGAGAGAACCUCUGACUUACUACGAUAUGAAUCUUUCAGCACAGGACCACCAGACGUUCUUUACUUGUGACACGGAUCAUUUACGGCCUGCAGAUGCUAUAAUGCAAAAAGCCUGGAGAGAGAGAAACCCCCAAGCCCGAAUUUCUGCAGCACAUGAAGCUUUGGAAUUGAAUGAGUGUGCUACUGCUUAUAUUCUCUUGGCUGAAGAGGAAGCAACAACAAUUGUAGAAGCAGAGAAGCUGUUUAAGCAAGCUUUGAAAGCUGGAGAGGGCUGUUACAGGCGCAGUCAGCAGUUACAGCACCAUGGUGCACAGUAUGAAGCCCAACACAGAAGGGACACCAAUGUGUUAGUUUAUAUCAAGAGGAGGCUGGCAAUGUGUGCAAGAAAGCUGGGAAGGACCAGGGAAGCAGUGAAAAUGAUGAGAGAUCUGAUGAAGGAGUUUCCUCUGCUCAGCAUGUUCAACAUCCAUGAAAACCUGCUAGAGGCUUUGUUGGAACUUCAAGCAUAUGCAGAUGUCCAGGCAGUCUUAGCAAAGUAUGAUGAUAUAAGCUUACCAAAAUCAGCAACAAUAUGCUACACAGCUGCAUUGCUCAAAGCCAGAGCUGUCUCUGACAAGUUUUCUCCAGAGGCUGCCUCGAGGCGAGGGUUGAGUACUGCAGAGAUGAAUGCAGUAGAAGCUAUUCACAGAGCAGUAGAAUUUAAUCCACAUGUACCAAAAUAUCUACUAGAAAUGAAAAGCUUAAUUCUUCCCCCUGAACAUAUUCUGAAGAGAGGGGACAGUGAAGCAAUAGCAUAUGCUUUCUUUCAUCUUCAACACUGGAAAAGAGUAGAGGGAGCGUUGAAUCUCUUACAUUGUACCUGGGAAGGCAAAGAAAAACCGAAGGGUUCUCAAAUGCUACUGUAGCACAUGGUUGAAUGGCAAACAAACUGUCUCUGUGCUACCUGAAUUGAUAGGAUCAGAUAAUACUGUAAGAGUAAGGCAGAGAACUACCUAUGUAAACACAAACUGAUACAGAUGAACCAGAGCACAUUCUUCCAUGGCUGAUAACAUUGCUAAAGAAACUGUUUUGCUGUAAGUAUUCCAUAUGGGGUCUCAUGUCAAAGAUGACUGUUUGAAUUCAACAAAAUCUAUUCAGACAUUUUUCACUUGUUUUUUAAAAGCAACAUCUUUACUGUGCUGUGCAUUACAUCUAAAAUAUACAGGGCUUCUAGGACAUCUGUUGAGGAAAAUAUUGCUUCAGUGACUGAUGUUCGUAGGAGUAGUGAGAAUAACAUGCUGAUGACAUUUUAACAGUGAGAAUAAUAUGUAGGAUAAUGGAAAAGGAUGCCUUGAUUGCAAAGCUAUAAUUCAGUCAAGUAUUCUCAUAUUUCCAUAAACCACACUCAGAUGGUCUAUGACAUCAUCACCAUCCAGAUUUAGUAAUCGAUUUCCCUCCCUCUCUGCUAUUAUUUUUUAUUUUAAAAACACAUAUUAUUAAGUAUUAUUUAAUCCGUGAUGUGAGGAUUUAUAUUGGAAACCUGACUUGUUCUGCUACAUUUAAAAAGAAUGCAUGUGAGGAACCUGAUUUUAAUUAUUCAGUAUUAAUCUUUGAUUGCCAAAUAUAAAAUGAAAAUAUGACCGUUGGAAAACUGGUUCUCAGUGUUACCUGAUUUGCUAGAGUAAGAGGGGAAAAAGGUAGUGUACUUUUUACCAUACAAAACUUCUAUUAUGCUUGAUCCACAGAGACUGCAAGUAUUGGCCUCAAUUCACAAGAUUGGCUGGCCAUUUUUGUAGGCUAUAUCUCUUAUAUCAAAUAGACUUUUUUCCCCUGAAUUUUAGACAUUCUGCAGCCUAAAAGCCUAAGAUGAAAUGUGUAACCUUGUGUAUAGAAUUGUAAGUAUAGUGGGCUCUGAUCGUGCAAACAUUUAUGAAUGUACUUGUAAUGUGGUCUCACUUGAUGGUCAUGAACAUUCUCUCAAGAAUAAACAUAACCAUAAAUGCUUGCAGGAUUAAAAGCCAAGUGUAGAUUUAUAUUUUGGCAUUUCAUUAAGCAAUUUAUAUGCUGUUUGCAACCAAAUAUAAAUGUUGUGUUUUGUCUGUGUUUGUUUUUCAAAAUUGUAAAUACAGUUAAGUAUGUCCAGUGAGUGCCACACUUGCAGUAACUUGUGCAUGGUCGGUUUUUUUUCCUUUCAGCUUUCAGAAUGAUUCCCUAUCCACUGGAAAAAGGACAUCUUUUCUACCCUUACCCUAUUUGUACAGAAACUGCAGAUAGAGA